AUGUUGCCGUCCGCCCUCCUCCACGGCCUUGCACUUCGACAACGGUUGGACUUGGUCGAGGUUGGUUGUCGUCGAUCGCCUUGCAAAUCCUGGACUGCCGAGAUGGAGUUAGCCAUGUUGUGUGCAGCCAUCUCAUCCCUCCGGAAGUACAUUUACAAGAAGCCAACUCCUUGCAAAGUUGACACCCGUCAAAUCGGUUCCUUGAAAUUGGGUCGAAUCAAACUGACCGUUGGAGAGUUCCGCUCCUGCGAUGUGGAUGACGCGGAGGUCGGCACUGUUGAAAAGAACCCUGGCUCGGACAAGAAUGCGGAGAGUACUCCUUUAUGGGUCUCCGCCCGCUCUCUCGGUUACAUUAUCGUCGGUCUGAACGAGUACUACACGAGUAAGAAGUGCCCUCACUGCGGCCACUUUGUCGCCCAGGUCACUCUCCGCCGCUUCUACUGCCCCGAGUGCCAAGUGUAUCAUCAUCGCGACGUUAUGGCAGCCGAGAAUAUGGCGAACAUUGUGCGUGGAUAUCUGGAAAAGCAAGAGCGGCCUGAGUAUCUACACCCCGUAGCCGCUGACGGCUCUCUCCCAUGGAUGGCAAAAGCCGGCGCUGGACCCGCUACAAGUUCCACCGCCGCCUCCUCCAGCAGCAACACCACCACCGCCAUCAAUCGACCAAAGGGAUAG